CUGGGCUUUCCUCCUUUACAUUCCCUCUCCUUUAGCGUGCCUUAGAAAUUAUUUAUAAUGAUAUUUUCUUUGCCCGCUCUGGCCUUGAUUCUUUGAACAAUUAUGGUCUUGAUGAAGUUCCUCUGUUACUGUUUUUGUGCUCCCUCCUUGCCUAUCAAACAUUUCUGACUAGAAUAGAUUCACAUACAUCUUUCCUUCUUACUGGAAGUUCGCCUACAUGAAUUCAUGCUAUUUGUGAUCAAUCCGGUCCUUCAGAGUAUAAAAUAUGAUUUCCUACCUUCCUAAAGUUUUUGAGUCUAUUCUCAAACAUAAUCUACUGUUAAUCUUUCUGAUCGGCAACAUGGAUGCGAGAGUGUUAGGAAGUAGUGUGAUGGUAGUGAUCACGAUAAAGUGGAAUCUCACCCUCCUGUUUCACGUGAAUAUGUAAUGUUCUGGUGGAUGAUUCAGAUGAGACUGAGACAGAUGGUAGAGUUUAAAAUGUGUGAAAGGAAGAAGGUGAGGAUGAAGGAGUGCAAAUGUAAUGCAAUGCGUGUAGUGUUUGAGGAGUAGAGGGAUGAACAUAGGAAUUUCUGAAUGGCGACCAGCAAGGGGAAUGUCUUUAGUAUUCAGGAUCACGUGUUACUGUGGAUAAAGGAACAGAUUGGAGCAAAUAAAAAAAAUCAAGAAAGUUGUGGGGAGGAAUGAAGAGAGUUUAGAUGUAGAUCGAUUGAAAUGAUGCAGGGAAUACGCUAUGGAAGUGUGAAGCGGACAGAAUUGUAUGGAGUGGAAAUACAGAAUGAGAGCAAGAUGAAAGAGAUUGAAUAUGAUGGAAAAGAGGUGCCUGAGAAGCAUGAUUGGAGUAACAAGGGGAUAAAGUAGGAAAUCAAAGUGAGGAAGAACUGAUUGCAGAGACUGGCUGGUCAAGCAGAGGAAAGAGUAUUACUUGCAAUAAAAAUAACUGUUCAGUGGAAGUGUCGUAGGUACAAACUUUCUGAGUCAACAGAAAACGAGAGCAGGAAUGACCUGACUGAUAUAAACAGCAGUGAGAGCAGUGUGCGGAGCGGAGCGGUGCAGCAAGGACCCCCCAGGACGCAGGCAGCUUGGAGCUGUGUUGGUGAACAUGGUUGUGGUGGCACGUAAUGAGUCAAAAUUUAUCUGCUCUUGCAGUGCCUGAAUGCGUAUCCAAGAAAAUCUUUCGUAGUUGUGCAUUAUUUACUUAAAGACACAAAUAGAGAAAAGAAAUUUACGAUGCAGAAGUGCAGCAAAGACUCGGCAAUCUUAUGAACACUGGCAAGGCAUGACCGUAGAUUGAGGGGCGCAGCACGCCUCACCAGACUGGAAGUUGUUCGCUGCUGGUCGGCGGUUACCUGUCCCCGGAAUAAACAAUGUCCUCCGUCGGCGCGGUGUGGAUGGCGGUGCUGGCAGUCUGUGGGGGCGUGGCGAUGGCGGAGGAGACACAGACGGCGGCUGCCUGGUGGCGGGCAGCUGGCGAGGACCUGGUGCGGGCGUGGGCAAGACAGGAGGAAACAAAGACCGUGACGCUGUUGCUACUGGCUGACGGAGAUGUGAGGGAGGCAGCGGCGUGGGCGGACACAGUGAGGAUCUUUGCCUCCCACCUCGCAAUAUCCGAAGAUCCUCUGGUUUGCGUGGUCGCCUCCCUGCCGUCCCUGCCCCUGUGGCGUCCCGAUAGUAGGACCCUGCUGGUGGCGCCCCUGUUCAGCCAACACCACGCCCAGGCCCUCUCUCAGAUGAUCAGAAGCGCCGGGCACCAAGCGAGGCACUGGCUUCUGCUGGCAGGGCCCCGCUAUGACCACCUGCUGGCUACCAUGUUUCUGCCCUACAACAACCAGGUGGUGGUGGCGCAGCCCGGCCAGGUGGUGCAGCUGUGGGACCAGUAUCAGACGGCGCCAGGCCUCGAGCGGCACCUCCAUCUGCGGGCCACCUGGACGCCUAGGGGGGAUCGUGUGAGCGCCGCCAGCAGUGUGGAGGGCGGCACCAUAGAGCUGCUGCCAGUGCCGCCGCGCUUGCCUGACCUUACGGGACUCCACAUCCGCUGUCUGGUGGAGGAGUGGCCGCCUUUCAUUAUGCUGCACACCGAGGGAGGAGAGACGCAGCUCGCCGGGGUCUUCUUUGAGCUGUGGACCAUCCUGCAGGGGCGCCUCAACUUUACGUAUGAGUGGAGGCGUUCUCCUGACGGCGAGUGGGGCGUGGUGGCUCCUGACGGAUCCUGGAGUGGCAUGAUCGGGCAACUGGUGCAGGGCAAUGCUGAGGUCAUCCUGGGCAGCGUGGACUUCACUUCAGAGCGAGCCAGAGCUAUUGACUUCGCCGUGCCCAUCGUGUACUCCUCGUUCCGUCUGUUGGUGCGGCAGCCGACCAGUCCCAUAGGCGGGUGGAGCAGUUACAGCAUGGAGUUCACGGCGGGCUCCUGGGCGGGCCUGCUGCUCACCGCCUGCGUGUGUUGCGUCGUGCUCACCAUAGUGCUGCGUCUGGCGUCAGGGGAGCAUUACGCUGCAAGGGAGGCUGUUCUGAUUGUAAUAGGCUGUUUGUGUCAGCAAGGACCAGUGCGGGAGGAGAAGAGGUCCUCAGUUCGCAUGGUUCUGCUGACGGUGGGGGUGUUCGGUGUAGUCUCCGUCACCCACUACUCCUCCGUCAUGAUCUCCUUCCUCACCCUGACCACCAGCACCCACGCCAUCGCCUCCCUGGUGGACCUCCUCGACUCCUCCACCUACACGCUAGGCAUCGUCCGCGGCACCUCCACUCACGACAUUAUUCAGGCGUCGCGGGGGGAGCCGUACCGCCAGGUGUGGACUAAGCUUCUUGCGCCGCGCCCAGACAGCUUCGUGGCCAGCAUCGCCGAGGGCGUGCAACGCGCCGACCACGAGGACUUCGUCUUUCUCAUUGACGAGAAUUUUUAUCUGAGCAGGUACGCCCGCCACUGCAGCCUGACGCUCGUGGGGCCCAGAUACCUCAAGGUGCCUUCCUCUUAUACCUUCAGGAAAGAUUUACCCUACAAGCUCAUCUUCGACCAGGAAAUAACACGCAUGAUGGAAGUUGGCCUGCUGGACCGAGAGAUAAGGCGGAGGCAGGCGAGAGCGGCGUGUGAAGCGGAAUCCGUCACUCCUGUAGGCUUAAACAACACCUUCACUGCCUUGCUUCUCCUGGGUACCGGCAUGCUGCUCUCCCUUCUGUUCCUGCUGAUAGAGAGGCUUGCUUCCCGCUGCACUGACCAGACUGUAGGCGUCCAGUUCUCGCUCGCGCCCCACGCCAGGAAUUCUGACGCGGGUGAGGGGUUUCCUGGUCCUCCUGAAUGAUUUGAGUGAUCCGAGUGACCGGUGGGGAAAAGUGAUGUGGAUGAGACGGU